GGGCACAUUAGUGGGGGUCACCACAUAAUUAACGCUACAGUCAACUUUGUAACUACUGAAAGCUUCAUCAUGCCUUCUCUUCCUGGGUUUUCCGCGAACCCAUUCAUAACUAGAUCAGACUUUAUUACCGGAGCCGCAGCACUUCUCAAGCCUCUCGACAGGUAUAAGUCUUCUGAGAAAGCACGCAUCAAGAUUGCAACUGCAAGUGGAGCUGGGUUCAGCGAGACAGCUGCUCAACUAGAAGGGUUUGCACGUCCAUUAUGGGUGGUUGCAGAUCUAUUGAGACAGCGUUUUCAAGGAGACCAACUCUUACUUGGCCACGACGGGCUUCACCUUGAGUCAUGGAUCGCAGGUUUGAAAGCUGGGACCGACCCGUGUUCGAUAGAGUAUUGGGGUGAUCUCGUCGAUUUUGACCAGAGAAUGGUAGAAAUGGAAUCAAUUGCUCUCGCCCUUCUUAGUGCACCAUCUAUCUUUGGCUUUUCUAACGAUGAGGCUGCCAGAAACAACCUCCGCAUUUGGCUACUACAAAUCAACUCACACAAGAUGCCUGUCAACAAUUGGCGCUGGUUUCGAAUAUUCGUCAAUCUAGCAUUGAUUAAAUGCCUUGGUGUACCAUAUGAGAUACUCCAAGGUCAGAUUGGGGUAGACCUCGCGGUACUUGAUUCGUUCUACUUAGGCGAUGGUUGGUCCAGUGAUGGACUCUGGGGAGAUGAAAGGAAGCAGGCCGACUACUAUUCUGGAAGCUUCGCAAUCCAGUUUGCUCAAUUGUUGUUCAUCAAAUAUGCUGCUGAUUACGAUUCGACAAGGACGGGAAUGUAUAAGCAACAGGCACGGGAAUUUGCCAUCCAGUAUUGGCGGUACUUCGACGAAGAAGGUGCAGCAAUUCCAUUCGGCAGGAGUCUGACUUAUCGGUUCGCUUUCGCAGCUUUUUGGUCUGCUGUUGCGUUAGCUGAUAUUCAAUUGCCUGAACCAUUAGACCAGAUUGGGGUUGUGAAAGGCCUACUCCUGAGACAUGUACGUUGGUGGGCUAAGCAAGAAGGUAUCUUCAAUACGGACGGCACACUGAAUAUCGGUUAUACAUAUCCGAACAUGUAUAUGUCCGAAGACUACAAUUCUCCGCAAUCAGUUUAUUGGUGUCUGAAAAGUUUCGUUGCUUUGGGGAUUCCAGCUGGACAUCCCUUUUGGACUUCUGAAGAAGCGGCAUAUCCGGCACAACUUCAAAACUUACCAAUGGUUAAACUCAUCUGGCCUGCCAAACAGAUAAUCUGCAAUACUUCAGAGCAUCACUUUCUGCUAUCCUCCGGACAGUCUUCCAGAAAGGAUCAUAGGGCACGAGAGGCGAAAUACUCGAAAUUUGCGUACUCUUCAGCAUUCGCAUUUAGCGUGCCCGUAGGGGUGCUCUUAGAACAGAUUGCGCCUGAUAGUGUUUUGUCCGCAAGUCAAGACGGCGGUGAAAGUUGGCAGACUCGCUGGGAACCAUACAAUGUCCGACGUGAAGUACUGAGAUAUGGCACCGAGGAAAUUCCAACUCUUGUAAGCUCCUGGAAGCCAUGGAGAAAACAGGACAUUAUUGUCGAGACACAUUUGAUCCCACCUAUAAAGCGAUGGCCGGGAUGGCACCUACGUGUACACACCAUAAGACAUGUGCAUCAUAUUGCUAAUUCGUUUGAUAUCGAGCAACUCGUGUUCGUUGAUAGCGGGUUCGCCAUCUCCGCCCAAAUGACCGACGGUCAAUCCAUCUUUGACAAAGCUCCAAUCAAAGACCUCUCAGCUCGUGGCUGUUUACAGGGAUGUUGGCAGAAUGAUGGCAGCUCUUUAAUCAUCUCAGAGGCCGGGGCAAGUGGUGUCAUGGACCUUACUAAGGACUUUUUGGACAUUCAAGGCAAUGCACGGAAACCAGCUAUCAAGUGUCGCAGCAAAGUCCUGAGACCUAAUGCCAACACUAACUUGGUAGCCCAACGAACGCUGAUCCCUUCAACCUAUCACACCAUUUGUGCUUGCAAACCUAAUGAUCACCAGGAAGGUGAGGGCUUAUUCACGAUUGUCACAGGAGUCUUCGCUGUGGAGGUCAAAAAGACGAAGGCUUCAGACAUGUGGGAACUUUGGCAAAGACCGCCGAUGGGUCAGUUCGAUGUCGUAUCUCGAUCCUUGAAAUUGAGACAUUGACAGAUUAGUACCGAGAGCUUAAAGUUAUGUAGACAACAUGCAAGCUCCACUACUCUAACGCUCACCUCACCGCACAUUACUGGUUUUUCAUUACUUCGACUAUGUAUACAUCAGACCGGUGAGUACGGCGCCUAAUCUCCAUCGAGAGAAAGAAGCCCAGGUCUUCUGUGCGACAUUUACCGGCCUUUAAAAACUGGCUUAGGGGUUUCAAGCCUCCAAUUGUUUAUUCAUGGCAAGAUGAAAGCAUUAGGUCAGCAUUGCGCACUGAAUCUAACAUCAACCAAGGUAAUCUCCAUGAGAAAUUUUCGGGUCAUUGCUACCCCGGGCAAUGCUUGGCAAUUAUGUAUUGGCAGGGAAGCACGGUGAUAUCGUCCUUGGCGUCUAUGUGGGGUUUUGGCUCAACGCUGCUGCUUCUU